AUUUUCUGUUUCUUUAUACAUUUCAAGGCCACGAGAUUAUUUUAUUGCAAGAAGUUCUAUAAAAUCAAAAAAUUAAAUACAUUUCUUUCUAGUUUUGUGUUCCCUUCCCCACCUGCAACUUUCUCAUUUUGACAAAUUGGUUUUUUCUACUUUGUUUGGUGAGUUGUAUCUCUGUUUGAAGUGAGGGGCUACUUUGUUUGGUGAGUUGUAUCUCUGUUUGAAGUUCUAUAAUCAACCCUAAUUUGCUUCCUCUAUGUUUAAUGUACAGAUUUUGAAGCAUGAUUGGCCAGCAAGAUGGCAAAGCUUUAUUCCUGAUCUUGUUUCAGCUGCUAAAACUAGUGAAACAAUUUGUGAGAAUUGCAUGGCUAUAUUGAAGCUUCUAAGUGAAGAGGUGUUUGAUUUCUCAAGAGAAGAGAUGACUCAAAGUAAGAUAAAGGAGCUUAAACAAUCAUUGAACAGUGAAUUUCAACUCAUUCAUGAGCUAUGCUUAUAUGUACUAUCAGCCUCUCAAAGAACUGAGCUUAUACGUGCAACAUUCUCCACAUUGCACGCAUUUCUCUCAUGGAUUCCCCUGGGAUAUAUAUUUGAGUCUCCAUUGCUUGAAACGCCGCUGAAUUUUUUCCCCAUGCCAUCGUAUCGGAAUCUCACUCUUCAGUGUUUGACAGAGACCAUGAUUCCUCUUAAUACAAACAUUCCUGAGGCUUAUGCAAUUGGUUCCAGCAAAGAGCAGGCUUUUAUUCAGAAUUUGGCUUUGUUUUUCACUUCAUUUUAUAAGGGAUUUAAUAAGAUAAUAUGGAAUCACAUUGCUUCCUUGUCAAAUAUCAAAGAUUUGAAGUUGCUGUUUAAAUACAUUGCAACAUUCACUGCUUAA